AGGAUGAUGUCCCAAAAAUCUCCAGAGCAGCCCCACUACAAUGAUCGCAUCGCCCGCGUGCCCCUCCAAUGCGGAAGCAGCCGGGAUGGCAUGGCAUGGACGUGGAAGGGUUUGUCAAGAAGGCGUGGAUGGGUCUGUGCAAGCGCAGGGCUAGAAAGAUGGAAGUAGGUUGUCCCGAUUAGCAAAUCAGUGUCUUGUACUACAUGUACUGCGAUCAAGGAAGAGCUUACGGAGGAGUCGGUGUCAUCUUUGAUUUGCUGGUCCGUGAUAGCAUCGGAAUAUUUCAGGAUGGGUGUAUAAUUGAUCAUGAUUUGCACACCAACAGCCAAGCUUGACAACGUGAGAUGAGCAAGCUGGCAGCGUCAAUCGUCACCUCUUGUCUAACAUCAUCCCUCUUCCACAUCUGCAUCUCUCUUCCUCCAAUCUCCCAAACUCCCCAACCAACAAAUCAAGCAACAAUGUCCCUCACCCUCCUCCGCCGCACCACCACCCUCCCAACAACCCACCUCCUCCUCCGCACCUUCACCAUGUCCUCGGUGCGAGCAGCAGAAGGCGACACCGGCGCCACCCGCUCCGGCGGCGCCUCGCAGGGCGACGCCUUCACCAAGCGCGAGCAGGCCUCCGAGGACUACUACGUCAAGCAGGAGGAGAAGAAGAAGCUGGAGGCGCUGAGGCAGCGGAUUGCCGACAAGGAGGCCGACUUGGCCAAGGACCGGAAGGAGGCCGAGGAGAUUUCGAAGAAGGGUUAGAGCUGCCUCUUGUCAAUGGGGUUGAGUGGUGGAUGAUGGGAAGGGCGGGGGAGUCGAGUGCCGUUUAGUGGUGCUUGAUGGAGGGGACAUUGUUGAUGGUCAGGCGGGUCUGGAGGUCUAUGUGUAUAGAUAACGCCGUAGGCGCCGGGAAAGUAACUCGACUCGAAUCAUUGCACAUCUG